GGCAGGCUGUCUGGACAUGAGCACUGCAGUAGAGCAUGUUAGAUAUGGUACUGGUGGGAAUGAGGGGUGGAAAGUGGUCCUGCAGAAUGUAGGCAUUGGAGUGAUUUGCUCCUGCGGCCUUAGCUUGCGUGUGUGCAAAGGGGAAAUGACUGUCUAAUUCCAGAGAAAAAAAUGCUACAGCAGUGUUCCUUUUAAGGGCAAGAUGGAAUGGUGGAGCCUGAAGUUUCCAUGGUCACAGUGAGGGGAAGCUGGCAAGAUGAUUAUGCCUCAGCCCGGGGCCUAAGGCAGCUUGGUCCCCACCUCAAAAUGCUCCGUAGCCUCCACUGGGACAAGAGGGAUGAUGCACCACAAAAUGUACCUGGCAAAGCUGUCCUCAGUGGGGAGUAUUUCCGAGGAAGAGACCUGUGAGAAACUGAAAGGGUUAAUCCAGCGCCAAGUGCAGAUGUGCAAGAGGAACUUGGAGGUGAUGGACUCGGUGCGUCGGGGAGCCCAGCUGGCCAUUGAGGAGUGCCAGUACCAAUUCCGUAACCGUCGCUGGAACUGCUCCACGCUAGACACCCUGCCGGUCUUUGGCAAGGUAGUGACACAAGGGACACGGGAAGCAGCGUUUGUGUAUGCCAUCUCCUCAGCGGGGGUGGCCUUUGCAGUGACUCGAGCCUGCAGCAGUGGAGAGCUGGAGAAAUGUGGCUGUGAUCGGACUGUGCAUGGUGUCAGUCCUCAGGGCUUCCAGUGGUCUGGCUGUUCUGAUAACAUCGCCUACGGAGUGGCCUUCUCACAGUCUUUCGUUGAUGUCCGGGAGAGAAGCAAAGGCGCCUCCUCCAGCAGGGCGCUCAUGAACCUCCAUAAUAAUGAGGCUGGAAGGAAGGCUAUCCUGAACAACAUGCGGGUAGAGUGCAAAUGCCAUGGUGUGUCAGGCUCAUGCGAGGUGAAGACCUGCUGGAAAGCAAUGCCUCCCUUCCGCAAAGUGGGCAACAUGUUAAAGGAGAAAUUUGAUGGGGCCACAGAAGUUGAGCAGAGAAAGAUCGGCUCCACCAAAGUCCUGGUGCCAAAAAACUCCCAGUUCAAACCACACACGGAUGAGGACCUGGUCUACCUGGACUCCAGCCCUGACUUCUGUGAUCAUGACCUAAAGAAUGGGGUCCUGGGGACCAGUGGCCGGCAAUGCAACAAGACUUCCAAAGCUAUUGAUGGCUGUGAGCUUAUGUGCUGUGGGAGGGGCUUUCACACAGACGAAGUGGAGGUGGUGGAAAGGUGCAGUUGCAAGUUCCACUGGUGCUGCUUUGUCAAAUGUAAACAGUGCCACCGAGUGGUAGAAAUGCAUACGUGCCGGUGAUGCCGGGAUGGUAGCUCCCCUCUAUAACUGACCCUUCCUCUCCCCUGCCUGUUGCCCAGGACUGGAGGAGGUGAUCCAGACGCCUCAAGGAGAGGGUUGUGUAAAGAGACACCGAGUGCAAGAGAAAGAUAUUUAAAGUUCCAAAAGUGAUUGUUGUAUUUUUGCCUUUAUUUAUUGCCGAAGCCAGAGCCCUCCUGAACUGCAUGUGCUGGAAGAGUCGCACAUGCGCUCGAUGCUGCUGCUGGGCUGGGGCCAGGCAAGGGACCUUUGUGGCGCCUGCCCCCAAGAACCUGCCUCCGUCAGACGAACUCCCACUGACUGGCCAAUGGAGCAUUUCGGUCCGCGUAGAUUUUAAACUGAAACAAAACCUAGCGUUAGGCACUUUUAUAUUGGUCUUUUAUAUUACAGCUACUUCAGACUAAAAACAAACCGCAGGCCUGGCCCGAGGCUCCCGGAGUUUUUGUUCUCGUAUUGGCUAGUUCUGUACCACAUGUCAGGAGAAGAGAGCGGGCAGAGCAUCCCAAGCUGCCCCGGGGAUUGUGCUAUUGCCAGAAACUCUGCUGCUGAGCUGCUGGGACCAGCUGAUUCCACAGACCAGAGAUCUUUGUGCAGAAGUUAAAAUGUGGGGAAGGACAAAACUCGUGGUCUGGUUCCAAGCCCCUGGCUUUUUCUUCCUGUUGUUAUGUGGUAGGGUUCUCCCUUUGGGUCUAAGCCACUGGAAGCGGUGAGGGACGCUGUCCACCACAGAAGCAGGAGUCAGGAGAACAGAGACCCAACUGCACAGAAGCUACUUCAUCCAAGGUGGAAUCUGCUUCCCCAACAGCCCCCCAUGUGCCAUGAGCCCAUAUCUACUCUUGCUGUUCAGCUCCAACCGCCCUGUGAGGCUGGCGGCCUGUCAUCUCUUCCCAUUCCCAGCUAAUGCCUGUUGUGGUAGCAGCCUCUUACUUAGAAAUAAAGAAAAAAUAAUCGUGCUGAUGAGUAAGUCCAUGAGCGCUUCCCAGGCCCCCCCACCCCCUCCAUAGCCUUCACCCACAACACAGCCCUUAGCCCAGCCUCACCAACACUGUUGCAAGCUUCACCCCACGCCUUGCACACUUCCUGCCCCCGAACCCCUGCCUAGUCCACUGCAACCGUGGUGCCUCCUGGGCUCCUGACCUCAGAUGUCUGAGCUCCUCUGGCUGCCAGGCCAACCCACAGCCUCCAGGCCACAUGUACCUGGGGCUGCUUAAAGUAAUGGUCCCUUUCCUCUUACAGCCUUUGCCUCAUUGUGGGCUCCUGCCCAGCCUAUUAACCACCCUGGUCUCCUCUCUCCACACCUCUUCCCAGUAAAGCUCGGUCCUGAGCCCAGCCAUGUCCACCCCUCCCCCUGCCCUCUGCUUCAUACAGGGCUCUGCUCCUCCUCCACAGCCUGGAAACCACAGAGGGCUCCUAGCCCCACCCCCAUCCAUUACCCCACAGAUCAGGCCUGACCCCAGCAGGUCCGGACCCUCCCCCCAACUUUUGCCACAGGGCCCUGGCCUGACCCCAGCAGUGUUGGCCUCCCCUCUGCUGCUCCUUCCCCCACACCCCUGAGAUGCCCCCAGACAUCUUAUCCUGAAGCCCAUGUGGAUCUGCUGAGGUCACUAGGUGCUGCAGCACAGAAGCUGCAGCCUGGACCAAUUGUCUGCAAAGGGACCCAGGUUCUGGGUGCUGCAGGAGCAGCCAGGACCCAGCUAGGUUGGAGCAGCUCCCAGGGCUGCUUUGCUGCCAGCCUAGCUAGAGGCAGGCUGCUGCUGCUACACUCUCAUACCCUCAGUAAACAUCCUCCUGUGGCCAUUUCCCCAGCACUCUGCACUGAGAGCUGUGCUGGGGGAAGGAUAUGGCCCAGCUAUGCUGGAGCUAUUCCCUGGGGGCUGUUUCUAUCCCUUUCCAACACCAGAGCAGCAUAAUGGGGCCUUAUAGGGGUCAGAAUCUGCCCAAGCCUUUUAGCAGGAAGUCACUUGAGAUUUCUUCAGUUUUUCCAAUUGCUGCAUCUGCAUCCCCGGUCCCCGUCUGCAGGGUCUCGGAGACCUGGCCUCCCCCUUCACACACUGUCUCUGCUCCCCGAGGGGCCCAUUCUCCCUGGCCUCUCCGAUGAGGACUCUGGAAAGAGGAAUCUGGAUGUGUUCGAUGUGGCCAGAACCACAUCCAUGCUCAGCCUUUGGGUCGUAGGAGGGUGGAGUGAUUUCCAAGGAGGGGGAAAUGUUGCUGGAGUAGUACAUGCAUGUUGGCCUUUGCCUGCUGCUGCUGUCCAGCCCUAAACGCAGGCACUGCAGAGGGGACAAGGGGCACUGGGCUGUCCUUACUGGCAACCAUUUGCUUUACAAACAGCAUAAUGAAAUGAACACACCAGGCGCCUCAGUUUGUCUUAAGGCAGAGACCUGAAUGCUCCUCCUCCCCCUAGCCUUCACCUUGCAGCCGGGCUGGCUACGCUCUCUUUCCUUCCUCCCAGGGUUAGGGUAGUACAGAGCCCUUGCUGCCGCUCUAGAGAGUGAAAUAUUUGGAGAAUUAAUAAGCCAUGGGGCACUGAGGGGAGGUGGCACGUGAAACAAUCUCCCUCUCACCUAGUGAUGUGCAGAAGGAAAAGGUGGAAAAAGCAGAUUAAUCCCCAAAAUCAUGCCUCCAGGUGAGCGAGAAAUCUGCUGUUGGUAGAGACCAAGGCAGGACCCUGUCACUUGCUAACAGCUCUUCCCCUGCUAGCUGAAUGGAAAACUCUGUGCUGAUGGUGCCAACCCUCCAUCUCGAUGGAGUGUGGCCAGACAGACUGUCGUUCCCAAUCCAGAAAAGCCCGGACUCUUCUGCUUGCCCUUGAUCCAUUCUCUUUAAGAGAGAGACAGAGGUUUAAGAGCUGAAUCCAUGCAGACCUUAGGCCUAUAUUUUUUCCCUCUUCUUCCCCUUAAAGAAGAGAGGGGAAAGGUUAGAGGGAAAGGCAGACAUACAUGAAAUCCCGUCUGUGCUAUGGCAGUGAUGGGACGGGGGAGCGGCUGUGGUCGUUGGAAGGACUCCAGACACCGUCCGGCUGGAACUUUUCUGACAACUGACUAGGCGCAGCAGCAGAUGCUCCUCCAGAGGCUGAACUGUGUGCCCAGAAUGGGCCCCUGCUCACUCUGCAUGCUACACUUCCACUUUCUGCGCAGUGUGGGACAAGAAAGGACCCCAUGGAGUGAAGCCACCCAGUGGGGCAGAAGAUCACUUCUCCCUUCAGCCAACUCCACUGUAACCUCUUGGUUUGUCUUGUAACAGCAGAUUGCUUCCGUGCCCUGCGGAGGGGCUAAGCAGCAGCCUGCAGCUCCAUUGCCAUCCCCCAGUAAGUGCAGGCCUCCUAAAGGCAAAGAAGAAACUUCACCUGGUGGACUCAAGCCCCUUCCAACCUGGAACGCAGCACCUCUUGCACCAGAUCAUUCACUCUGAUCUAAACAGGAGCCAUUAACUUGAGCAACGCCAGCUCUGUCCUGCACUGCAGGAGUGAUUUCUGUUCUGCACCGCUUUGGUUUACAUAUGCUAUGAUAUUGAAUCACCUUUUGCAGGUAUCUGGGCUUUAACUCCCAUGUCAAGCUGCUGCCUCAAUUCUCUGGGCUCCAGUGUGUUAAGACUGUGAGUUCUCAAGUGCCUUGAAGAUUCUUUCUACUAUUUCCCAGCUAAUGCAGUGGGGGCCGCUGACCUCAGGACGUUGGCCAACUUUUCUGCUCGUUGUCCAGCUAGGCCGAGGGCCAAAGCUGAACAAGACAAUCCAGAUCAGUGUGGAGAUAAUCUCUCUGCACAGGGUUUUUUCAAACUGCGAUGAAAGCUGAUCCCUGGAAAUGUCACCCCCGAGGUCCCCUGGCUCUGCAGCUCUCUGGCGCGUCUCACAAUUGUACAUUUCGGCACCAGCACAGCACCGUUGCCUUUUUCUGAUUUACUUUGUCUUUUAAAUGAUGAUUUUGUGCUAAAUUAGCGUAGGGCGUCCCCUCCCUGCCCCCACCAGUAAUGGAGCUGCACUGUACUAUGUAAAACUAGUGCUCUCUGCAAACAGCCCUUCCUGGCUGUUCUGAUGUGCUGAGAUUCCUGCAUUUAGAAGGGGAAGAACCCCUGUGUGGGUGAGGUCCAUCUCAUUGAAAUGCCUGGAAGGAGGGGCCUUCAGCUGUCACUUGAUGAGCAUCCCAGGGGAGGACCUGCCUGUGUCUCACACAUGAAUAUUCUGGAGGUCGGGGAGGAUCCUGAUCUUCAGGCUAGUGGCUGUCUCCUCUAGAUACUCCCAUCAUGGAUGUUCAGUCUGGACCUCUCAUCAGUGCGAAUUCGGUGUCUGUGAUCACAAGUGCACUCACAUCCUCCUGUUACCAGAGCGCCCCCCCCCCCCCCCGUGCUUUACAAAGGCAGGUGGGUCUUAUCCCUGCUUUACAGGGGGAGAAACUGAGGCACAGGGCAGCAGUGACUUGCUGCACCUGGGAACAGAACCCAGUUAUCCUGACUGUUAAUCUCCUGCCUUAACCACUAGACAGGCUGCAAGCUCAAGAGCAGCACAUAGCUUAAAUCUCGGUAACUCUGCAAUGUCGUCUUGUCAAGAGCAUAGGGCUAACGAUCAGUUUAAAACAGUCCAACCUUCUCAGCCCACAGGCAGGGUCCCAGCCGAUGCUUUGCAGAGUCUCUGCCCUACUCCCCACCCUUUGUGCUACACAGGCUGGCAAGGGAGCCAGAAACCCCACCCCUGCCUCCUGUUAGGGAGUCCCUGGGUGUGGAAAAGUCCCCAGCUGGGAGCGUAGAGCCAGUGCAUUUAGCUCUGACAUCUCCAGCCCUUGGUGUAGGCGCCAUUGGCUCUAGAGGUAGGGUGGGGGUGGCUGGAGUGCACGGCCCUCUACCCAUCUCCAGCUAAUUCAGUCUCUUGCUGCUCUCGUUUGUGCAGGGGCAGAGAUCCAGGGGCCAGAGCUAGGUGCUAGUUCUUGACUUCUGCUUUUCUCUUCCCCUGGGGUGACCUGGAUGGCUGUUGGGGAGGGAUCCCAUCCUGUGCGAGGGGCUUCCCUACGCUCACGGGAGCCAGUCAAGCUGCAAUGCAGAUGGGGGUCGGGGAGGCAGUGCUGAGCAGGUUGUAGCGGGAAAGGGGCAGCAGCUGUCCCGUGCACUCCUGAGAUGCAGGGGAGGUCGUUUUGGAGGUGGUGCCCAUAGUUUCUUCCUGCAUCAACAGGGCUGAUUCCCAUGCGGCUCAGGGCUUUGCCGUCAGCUCAGAAUCAAACACAUAUUAGCUCUUUAGCCCGGUUGUCCUGUGGGCCAUGAGUUGGGAACCCCACCGGAUUUGAAGUGAGCACUAAGGCCAGAAUUUUCAAAAGGGCUGAGUAUCUGCAAUCGGGUCCAGAUUUUUAAAGGCACAUUGGGUGCUGAGGGCUUGAAAAUGGCUUCCUUCUGUGGGUCCCUGGUGUCCACGGUAACGAUCUGCCAAGCUCCCUCAAAUCCUGAGAUGUGGUAAUUCCUGUGCUCAGAGGGACGUGAGGAGGCCUGUUCCCAUAAACCAGAGAACCGGCCCAAGGAGUUAUUGCUCCCUGCAGGCACGAGGCCACCCAGCUCCUUCCCUUGCAUGAGUGUCUUUGGGCCUCUUUUCAGGAGACAUUUGGCACAAAAUCCUUGGCUGUUUACUGAGGCCGAGCCCUAGGCAAUUGGAAGCUGUCAUUACAUGGGAUCCUUACACAUAAAGAACUAGCCCCAGAGCAGUGUUCUUGUUCUACCUCUCUUCAUACGAACACCUGGGCAACAGCACAGAUGAAUCCUCCCAAAACCAUGGCAUUUCUUGAGCCUCGGGCAUCUGGGAACAGGCUCUGUUAUCUCCAUACACAGGCGGAGCAGUCUGUCAGGGCUCAGGUUCUGGAUGUCCCCAUGAUCAGCAUCUCUGAUCGACACUGUCAAAUACGUACAUAACCCUGGAAAGAUGUCAACCUGUGCUGCCCCAGGCCAAGGUCUCUGUGUGUCACAGAAAUGUAGCUAGAAACCACUUCCCAUGUGUGUUCCCCCGUGCCCUGGCUGUCUGGCACGGAAGCUGGGUUGCUGUAGGAUAUUGGAUGCUGCUAUCCCAAACUGUGUGGUACUCUGACUAUUAUUUUUGAAUUUUAGUGUCCUAUUUUUAUACUAUGUAAUUGGCUGUAAUGUUUCCAUCACAUAGUUUGACUCACAUUUUGGUGGCAUUCACUAUAAAAAUGAUUACUUCUUGCAUUCUGG